AUGUCCUCCAAGUCGCAAACCGAAGGUCUCGAGCUGGCCGAAUUGGUUUUUUACGCUAUUGCGUCUCUACCGGCCACCUACUGUUUGAUCAAACACGGGAGACCCGGACUCCUGGGCUGGCUCAACGUACUGAUUUUCUGUGGUCUUCGCAUUGCAAGCAAUGCUAUGGCCUAUCACGACAUGACCACCACUGGCAACCCCAACAAGGCGGCCUCCAUCAUCUCCGGAAUUGGUCUUUCGCCUCUACUGCUGGCAGCGCUGAAUCUUCUCAAUGAGACCAACACUUCCAUCCGAGACAACCUCCCCGCAAUCGUCAAGAGCUAUGGUUCCAUUUUAGCACACUGGGUUAUCAUUGCUGGAGUUGCCUUGGCAGCUGCGUCGAGCAACGGAAAACUUAUUCUGCUGCGCAUUGGACUGAUUGUUUUUGGGACUGGCUGGAUGUUUGUUGCUAUCCUCACUUAUAUCUCAUUCCGCGCGCCCGUGAGCUCCCAGCGUGCUGAUGGCGAGAAAAAGCUUCUCAUCGCUAUCAUGGCCGCUCUUCCCCUCAUCGGUGUCCGGAUCCUCUAUGGCAUUGCAAUUGCAUUCGUUGAUGGAAACAUGCUGGGCGGAAGUCUACCUGUCCGAGUCAUUCUUGGAACUUUGCCUGAGUUCCUGGUCAUGAUUGCCUAUGUGGGUGUUGGCCUUGUUACUCGGAAUGUGGCCGAACAGCGCCUGGCAGGAUCCAAACAAACGAUGGAUUAUACUGGGCCUGCUUAUACAUAA